AUGGGUCAGGCAUUUCGUCGAGCAACUGGAAGGAUCGUGAACUCGGCAGUUGAUACGACGCCCUCUGCGUCGUCGAAGAUCAAGAAGCCCAUAUUCCAGAACCCACCGGCGGUGCCCGUUGACAAAGUUCCCAGGAAUGACGUUGAUUCUGAGGAUGCAGCUAGAGGGAAUGCAGAAAAUGUUCUUGAAGAACGGGAUCCGGGAUAUGAUGCUAUGCUUAGUCAAAUGGUGGGAAGAAUUCAAUCAAAGCCUGGAGGAAAGCUUGAGAUGGGUGAGGCGUCUUUGGUGGAGAAGUACAAAAGGCCUUUGCCAAAACUAAGGAAUACCACACAGGAUUCUAGCAGAUACGAGGGAAGGCCUGCUCCUCUUGGAACCCUAAAUGUGGCUCAAAUACGUCAAAUCAUCCUGCUGUAUCAAGGCAAAGCUGACGACCAUGAUGGUCCUAUGGAUAUUCCUCAAAUUGCCAAGAGGUUCAAUGUCGAUGCUGUACAAGUUCAAAGGAUCGUCCAGUUUACAGCACUGCCUCCUGAGGACAGUAGUAAAAGGAAAGACAACCAAUGA